AUGUUGGGUCUCUCUUCCUCACUCGCCCGCACCGCGAGCCGCCGUGCUAGCAGUACGUCCAUUCGAUCUCUGAGUAGUGCUCCCAAAUUGACGGGUGAUUACAGUGUGGUGGAUCACGAGUACGAUGCGGUGGUAGUAGGUGCCGGUGGAUCGGGUCUUCGAGCGGCCAUGGGUUUGAGUGAAGCUGGCUUCAAGACGGCCUGUGUGACCAAACUGUUUCCGACCCGUAGUCACACUGUGGCAGCCCAAGGAGGCAUCAAUGCCGCACUCGGUAACAUGAGCAAGGAUGACUGGAGAUGGCACAUGUACGAUACCGUCAAGGGAUCCGAUUGGUUGGGAGAUCAAGACGCCAUUCACUACAUGUGCCGCGAAGCUCCCGCCGCCGUGCGGGAAUUGGAAGAAUUCGGCAUGCCCUUUAGUCGCACCGAAGAUGGACGCAUCUACCAACGAGCGUUUGGAGGACAAUCCCUCGAAUUUGGAAAGGGCGGACAAGCUCAUCGAUGUGCCGCGGCUGCCGAUCGGACCGGCCAUGCCAUGCUUCACACUCUCUACGGACGAUCCCUCGCAUUUGAUACCACUUACUUUAUCGAGUACUUUUGUCUCGACUUGAUCAUGUCGGAGGAAGAUGGAAGUUGUAUUGGCGUCAUGGCACUCAAUAUGGAAGAUGGGACCAUUCAUCGCAUCAAGGCCAAGAAUACGGUAUUGGCGACGGGUGGAUACGGACGAGCCUACUUUAGUUGUACCAGUGCCCACACGUGCACGGGAGACGGCAAUGCCAUGGCCAUGCGAGCGGGAUUGGCACAACAAGACAAUGAAUUCGUACAAUUCCAUCCCACUGGUAUUUACGGCGCCGGGUGUCUCAUGACGGAAGGAUGUCGUGGAGAAGGGGGCGUUUUGCGCAAUAGUGAAGGAGAACGAUUCAUGGAACGAUACGCUCCUUCGGCCAAGGAUUUGGCAUCUCGAGAUGUUGUCAGUCGAGCCAUGACGAUGGAAAUUCGAGAAGGACGUGGUGUCGGACCCAAGAAUGAUCAUAUCUACUUGCACUUGGACCACUUGCCAGCCGACCUUCUCGCGCAGCGUUUGCCGGGAAUCAGUGAGACUGCCGCCAUCUUUGCCGGUGUAGACGUUACCAAAGAACCCAUCCCUGUUUUGCCCACCGUACACUACAACAUGGGAGGUGUUCCUACCAAUCAUUUCGGAGAAGUCUUGCGAACCAACUUCAAGCCAGAUGGAUCCUACGAGAGUGACGAGGUCGUACCUGGUCUUUUCGCCGCCGGGGAAGUGGCCAGUGCAUCCGUUCAUGGCGCCAACCGAUUGGGAGCCAAUUCCUUGUUGGAUAUUGUCGUCUUUGGACGCGCCGCCGCCUUGCGCAUUGCCGAAACUUCCAAACCCGGCGACAGCGUACCAGACUUGAAGGACUUGGAUGGCAUGCAGAGCCUCCAAGACCUCGACGAGAUGCGAUACAAACAGGGAGAACUCUCCACUGCCGCUGUGCGCAAUGAAAUGCAACACGUCAUGCAAGAGCAUGCCGCCGUGUACCGUACUGCCGAUGUACUCGCCGAAGGAGUCAAACAACUCGACCAAGUCGUCAACAAGUACCAAGAUAUUGCCGUCACGGACAAGUCGCUGGUCUGGAACACGGACUUGGUGGAAAACUUGGAGCUCAAGAAUCUCUUGGCAUGCGCAUCCACCACCAUGUACGGAGCGGAAAACCGCAAGGAGUCUCGUGGAGCACAUGCUCACGAAAACUACCCCGAUCGAAACGACGAGGAAUGGAUGAAACACACCCUGGCAUACUUUGAUUGGGACAGCAAAAAGACUUCGCUCAAAUACCGCCCCAUUCACGAUUACACAUUGGACGAGCAAGAAUGUGCCACCGUUCCGCCCAUGGCUCGUGUCUACUAG